CGGGACGUUGGUCGGCCUGGAGUGAAUGGAGUUCAUGCUCCUCUGAAUGCAUACAAAUAAGACGCAGGAAAUGUCUUCCAGUUGGCGGCGGCAGCAGCAAUAUAUUGUACGAUGACGAUGAUGAUGACGAUGAUCUGGAUGAUGACGAGGAUGAUGAUGAUGAUGUGGUUCUGGGUACCAAAGGCCUGGGCCUGAAGCUGGGCGGUCUAAGUGCUGCUGCUCUUGGCAGUUCAGGCGGAAGUAGCUCUAGUUCAAGCGCCCUAGGACCAUUAAUGGCUGGCGGCGGUAGCAAAGCCCAAUGUAGCGGAAAGGAUAUACAGACAGCUGAGUGUCGUGGAGAAUUCUGUCAAAUCGGCAAGGAUGAUUUCGAUUGGACCUUGUAUUUGGGUCUGGCAUUUAUUACCGCGGUAUUUUUUGCUUUUGGCGCCGCUUUGAUAUGUUGUGCCCGCAAGGGUAUUCGUGUCAAUCAACAUUACAAUAUGACCAGAACGGUUAUGGAUCCUAAAUAUUUACCUGAUAUUAGCAAAAAAGAUAUGCGCAUGCAUAUUGAACAGGCCAAUGAUAAUUAUGAUUAUGCCAGUCCGGGUCAUCGUUUCUUGCCACCCAGCCAUCAUGGCGGCUGUUCGAUAUCCGAACAUCAUUAUGAUGUACCAAAUUUGUCGGCCAACUAUGUCAAUCCCAUUGACGAUUUAAGUGUGGACUAUUUGACAGAUACCCCGGAUACAUCCACUGUCGAUACCUCCAAUUCCACCUACGAGGUAAAUGCCAAAAUGGGUGGCAGUGCAACGGGAGCAGUUUCUGCAGCCUCAAAGUGUUCCACCUAUGAUCAGCUGAAUUGUAGCGGAGGUUCUCUCAACCUCUACAAUGGUGAAAUAAUGCUUUACAUUCCAGAACAUUCAAUAGGAAAAAGCAUGCGUAAACAUGUCUCCCUAAUGUUGGUGAGCGAUGAAACUUCCCGAGUGUCUAUACCCAAUUCCGAUGCCCUACUCGUAUGCAGUACCAUUGUACAUUGUUCACCAAGGAAUUAUACAUUCCUCAAACCGGUCAUAUUGAAGAUACCCCAUUGUCUGGUCGAACCCAAUAUGUGGAAUGUUUUCAUUUAUUAUGCCGACAAUGAUCAGGAUGAUUUGAAUGUCAAUUGGCGUCGCAUUAUUGCUGUGGGAGAGGAGACCAUAAACACUCCCGUUUUUGUACAACUUGAACCUGAACAUGUCUAUGUUAUGACCGAACAGCUGGGACGUUUUGUUGUGGUGGCCGAACCAAAAAUACCCAAUGCAGCUGUGCAGAAUUCUCUGAAAAUGCGCCUAAUCGCCUUUAGUCAAUUUACACCGUCAAGCACGAACUGCUCGCUGCGGAUAUAUAUAGUCAAAGAUUUCCCAAAUAGUCGGGAUAUAUGCUCAAGUAUUGAAUCGAAAUUGGGUGGCUCGUUUAUGGGUGAAAGUGAAGCGUUCGCCUUCUAUUUGAAUAAUAGUGAUAUGAAUAUUCGACUGCGUAGCUCAGAUGCCGAUAUGUGGGACACUGAACACGAAGUCGACCUACACGAACAGAUAAUACCCUAUAAUCAUAUUCUCUCGAAUAAUUCCGUGUUACACUGUGAAUUUAUGAUCAAACGUAACGAACAGCUGUACUCGUCGAAUGAAUUAACUGUCGAUUUUGCUCAAUGUAGUGAUAGUCAUCAUUUAUACUCAGAAGUGCAUUCCUUUAGUAUAAGCCGACCGCAAAUGCCAACACCGCAGCUGCCGGGACAACAACAGACCAUGUCAUCCCAUACGAAUUCACAUCACUCACAACAUUCGUCGUUGGAGCGACAGAGUACGGUGACCAUGGAUCCACAUGGCAACUAUGUUAAUGAGGCCUCAAUGCCAUUGACCACAGUGCAUUUGCCUCGUGAUACGAAGAGAAGGAUUUGUACGGCGCUCGAUCCUCCGCGGGAAGAUGAACGUGAUUGGCGUCUAUUGGCAAAGAAAUUAAAUACGGAUCGUUAUAUUGCCUAUUUUGCAACAAAACCCUCGCCCACAGAACAAAUCCUAAAUCUCUGGGAAUGUCGGGCAACACAAAAUUCACAUGCCUCCCACACCAUUGUGGAACUGCUUAUGGUUCUCAAAGAAAUGGAAAGACAAGAUGUCUUAGAUAUAAUAACCGAAACUAUUGGUUCACUGUGGAUCUAA